GAAUCGACGCACCUACGACUACUAGUCAUAAUAGCUUGAAGCCCGAAAAUAGCACAGCACAGCACAAUGAGCACCAAGAACAAGAGCAGCGGCAUGUUUAGCGGCGAAUAUUUCCAAGUGCAGAAGUCGGGCCUGUCCCAAUUUCAGGCCAUGUCUGCCUACCUUGGAGGAAGUGCCUUCCAGACGAUCAUGGACAAUCCGGUCACAUCAUACCGUCAGCUCGUUCAGCAAUACGCCAAGGACUUGAACGGAAAGGUCGUCGACCCUAAGGUUGCCUCUCAAGAAGCCAAAGCCGUUUUCCGAGCCAACCCUGUUGCCGCUAGUUUGAGUGGUGUGGGACCACGUCUCGUUGGUGUUGGUUUCAAGCGCAUCCCUAAAUUUGGAGUUCUUUUGGGUAUUUCCUUCUUGAUGGGAARCGGCGAAAAUCCUGGAGCUGUAGCCGCCACUGGUGCAUCGAUCCUGUCUGCUCCAUUUAUCAAUCCUAUUCGUAUGAUUGARAAGCAACAGCGCGCCUACUUCAAGCAAACAGGGGCUGCCAAGCCUAUUGGUGAAAUCCUCAGAGAAGCAGCCGCYCAAAAUUUCAAGCCGCUCUUCCGCGGAACCAUCCCUCUUAUGGGACAUUCCCUCGCCAGUGCACUCCUCGGUCUCGUUGGACAACCCAAGCUUCAAAAAUAUAUCCAGCAAGAAAUCGGCAGCAAGACCAACAUGGGACGAACCCUCACCGGUUUGAUUGCCUCGGCAGUCGUUUCUCCUAUUUACGUUGUUGUCACAAACCCUCUYUCCAGAUUGGAAGUUAUCAUGCAAACAAGCAAGAUUUCCGGCAAGUCUAUCAGUGUAACUUCGGCUAUUAAGGAGGUCAUUCGCGACAGCCGCGAAUUCGGAAUGCGUGGUCUUUUCCGUGGACAAGGUAUUGGAAUCGGGAAGGCCGUCAUUUCUUUGUCUCUCUUCCACGAGGGACGCCACUUCCUCCAAGAUGUUUUCAAGAACUACAACAUCCAAAAUGGAUACUACGAGGAACCGAGCAAAUAAGCAAGUCGGUUUUCUACAUCACAGUCAAAAUGAUAUGAAUAAAAAAGCUUGAAUGUUGUUUGCCUUCCACGGCAAACGAACCCCGAACCGAAGGACAGGACCCACAGAAUAUAAUGCUAUCGAUGCC